AUGGUUGAUGGCAUCAGGAUUAAACUCAUGGGACUGAUGUCUCAAAGGAGUUGUGAAGCAAAGGAAUGUUGUUCUAUUCUCUGUCCUGUGAUGGAGAAAACCUUGAAUGAAAUGUCGAUUGUUGGUCGGCAUUGGAAUGCCAUCCGUUCUAGUGCUUCUAUUUUUGAGGUUCAUGCUGGAGGUUCUUUUAUGGUUGAUUUGGAUAAGCAUUUUUGCUCCUGUCAUGAGUGGCAAAUAAAAGGCUUUCCCUGUGCUCAUGCAGUUGUUGCUGUUAAAAAAAAUUCGGGUUGCAUAUAUGACUACAUUGAUGAUUAUUUCAAGUUGAACUAUUUUAGAAGUUCAUAUGCAACUCUUAUUUCUCCCAUACCUGACAUUAAGGAUGCGGUGCAUGGGUGUUCAGAUGAUAUUGUUAUCCUUCCUCCACUUACUAGGCAGCCAGGGACUAAAAAGAUGAAAUCUGCUGGUGAGUUUUCAAGGGCUGUUACAUGCAGUCGAUGUGGUGCAGUUGGACGGCAUAAUAAGAAGACAUGUACUGCAAAUAUGUGA